AGCCUGCCGCCGGUCCUGUCGCUGCGGCACAUCUCGGAGCUGUACAUUGCGCCGUUUAGAGACACUCUGGAUGACUUGCCAACGGCCCAGUGGGUGCGGGAGCUCUUCUGCGAGGUGUCGGGCACGCUGCGGCGGCUGGUGGUGCAGAUGCCGUUUGCGAGCCUGCAUGCAAUGGACGACCACCUGAGCGUGCGGCAGACGCUGAGGGAGGGGUUUGAGAAGCUGCACAGGCUGGAGGAGUUUACAUGCCUGGAGGAAUAUCCCAUGGCGGCGUUUUCGACCGAUGAAACAAAUGUCUGGCGGUGGUGGCCGGAGCUCAAGCGCAUGGUGUUGUUCGGUGCCCCUCUUGACGAUCCCCGGCUUUGGAGUGACAUUGCUGCGCUGCCGAGGUUGGAGCAUGUGGUGUUGGCACGGCCGAUGCACUUGGAUGCAGUGAAUAUCAAGGCCGAAUACUUCCAGAAACUGCCAGCUGAUGAUGUGAGGCGGACGAGGGACAUCAAGAUUGUGCUCAUGGAUUUGGCGUAUGAGCUCGGCACGGUGAGGACGGAAAGAUGGCAGGAGAUUGACCCGGAAGAGGAUAUGACGGUGGAAGCGUUCGAGGUGCCAUUGUCGUUUUACAUGGAUGACUCGCCGCUUGAGGUGGUGUCGCAGUGGGCGAGAAGGUCGGCGCUGGAUGGGAGUAUAUGG